AUGAGCAUUAAAGUCCCCUCUUCGUACCCGCCUGCACAUGGCUCUGAUCUUCGCAGACAACACGCCAUCACAUUUGGUUCAAUUCGUACAACCAUCGCACUUCUCCUGGCUAUAUUCUUCCGUUCUGUUUCUCUCUGUGCCUGCUCUCAUUGGCUCACAGCUGGGCGGCAGCCAGUGAACCAGGAGGGCGUGGAGUAUUACAACCGCCUCAUCCACUGCUUGCUUCAUAACGGCAUCACGCCGUGUGUGACGCUCUUCCACUGGCACCUGCCACAGGCACUGGAGGAGGAGUUUGGAGGAUUCAGAGGCGAGCAGGUCAAUCUGCACUGCUUCUCCCUCUUCGGCCACCGAGUGUCUCACUGGCUCACGCUCAAGGGCUAUACCUUCGCCACCAAGGGCUACACUGUGGGACUUAGCUCCCUGCUGGAAUAUGCACGGCUCUGCUUCUCUCUCUUCGGCGACAGAGUGCCCUACUGGCUCACAUUCAACGAGCCCUACACCUUUGCCACCAAGGGCUACGCCGUGGGGGACUUUGCGCCCGGGCGCUGCUCCGACCGGCAGUGCUGUGCGGAGGGCGAUGGGGCGGUGGAGCCGUAUGUGGUGGUGCACCACAUGCUGCUGGCUCACGCUGCUGCUGUCGACUGCUACAGGAGGGAGUUUCAGGUAGGCCAAGUCUCUCAUCCCUCCCUCCUCAGGCUGCCGCACCCCAUAUUCUUUGGCACCUAUGCACCCGCCAUGCACCACUACGUGGGCCCUCCUCCCCCUCACAAGCUGCCUCGCUUAAAGGCAGUGUGA